AUGGACGUAGAAGACGUCCUAUCUCAAUUGACGCUCGCAGAGAAAUGCAGUCUCCUUUCAGGCGGCUCAUUCUGGCGCACGCUUGCCAUCCCCCGCCUAUCGAUCCCCUCCCUCUGCAUCACCGACGGCGCUGACGCCGUCCGCGGCAGCCGCUUCUUCAACUCAACACCGAGUGUAUGUCUUCCCUGCGGCUCCGCCCUCGCCUCAACCUGGAACCCAGAGCUGCUCCAACGCCUCGGCACACUAAUGGGCGAAGAGUGCUGCGCAAAGAAAGCCCACGUCCUGCUCGCUCCGACGAUCAACAUCCCGCGCAGCCCCCUCGCUGGCCGUAUCCACGAGUACUACGACGAAGAUCCAUAUCUUGCUGGUAUGUUGGCGGGCAUGUUUAUCCGCGGGGUUGAGGGGACGGGCAUAACGGCGACGGUGAAGCAUUUUGUUUGUAAUGAUCAGGAGCAGGGGAUUUUUGCCAUGGAUUGCGUGGUUAGUCAGAGGGCGUUGAGGGAGAUUUAUUUGAGGCCGUUUGAGUUAGCGAUGAAGGUGGGGAGGCCGGGGGCGCUGAUGACGGCGUAUAACAAGGUCAAUGGGGUGCAUGUUACGGACAGUGUGGAGUUGUUGAAGGGGGUGUUGCGAGGGGAGUGGGGGUACCAGGGGCUUGUUAUGAGUGAUUGGUUUGGCAUGUACGGCGUACAGGGAGCAGUCGAAGCAGGCGUUGACCUAGAGAUGCCCGGCCCAGGUGAAUGGAGAGGCAAGCGGCUUGCCCAUGCCGUCGCAGCGAAAAGAGUCGACAAAGAAUGCGUAGACGACCGAGCAAGAGCGGUACUAAAUCUGGUCAAGAAAGCGUCAGCGUCGAAGAUCAAGGGCACCGAAGAAGAAACACUGGACAGGUCCGAAGAUAGAGCCCUCUUACGCGAGGCAGCAGCCGAGUCCAUCGUCCUCAUGAAGAACGACGAGAACAUCUUACCCUUCGACAUCAACAAGCCAAUCGCCAUCAUCGGGCCCAACGGAAAGGUAGCCGCCUACCGAGGAGGCCGAGUAGCCCAUCUACGUCCCUACAACACCGUCACGCCCUUUGACGCAAUCACAGAACGCUCCCAAGCCGCCGUCCACUUCUCACAAGGCAUCUACAACCACUACGAACUACCCCUCCUCGGCGCACAAAUGCGAACAAAGAGCGGGAAAGUGGGCUACGACAUGACCAUCUACUCCGCCCCACCAGACGCAACAACACCCCCGCGCCGCCUCCUCGACCACUACGAGCUCCUCAACUCGUGCGGUUUCUUCUUCAACUAUCACGACAAGAACCUACGCGAGUACUCCAUCGACAUCACCGGCACCUUCACACCCUCCUCAUCCGGACUUUUCGACUUUGGCCUCAGCGUCCAGGGAACCGCGAAUUUAUACAUCGACAACGAGCUCAUCAUCGACAAUACAUCGCACCAAAAGAAAGCAGACAGUUUCUUCCGCAACGGCACCGUCGAAGAACACGGAAGCAUGGAUGUUGUCGCAGGGCAAACGUACCAAAUACUGUGUCGCUGGAAUUCACCUUCCAUAUCCGGCGCCUCCAGCAGCGGCAGCGACGACACAGCAUUUAAACCAGGGAACAUCCGUCUAGGGGGUUGCCACCGCCUCGACACUUCCACCGCCAUUGCAUCCGCCGCCCACCUCGCCUCCCAACCCCCCCAAACCAUCAUCCUCGCCGGCUUCGUCGGCGAAUGGGAAUCCGAAGGCAACGACCGCAAAGACAUGUCGCUUCCCCCUCACACGGACUCUCUCAUCACCGCCGUGCUUGCCGCAAACAGUAAAGCCGUUGUAGCCAUCAGUUCCGGCGGGCCUUACUCCAUGCCCUGGCUGUCUGACACAAAAGCGCUCCUGCAGGUCUGUUUCGAGAUCAGCGGGGUUGGUGUCGCGGUGGACGGGCAGGAACUGGUGGUUGAGUGCCAAGUUGAGAAUACGGGGGAGAGGGAGGGCAAGGAGACGGUGCAGGUUUAUGUGAAGAAUCGGGAGGCUAGUGUGAGGGGACCUGAGAAACAGUUGAGGGGGUUUAGUAAGCUGAGUGUGGGGAGGGGGGAGAAGAAGAAGGUGGAGGUCAGGAUGGGGCUUUGGGGUGCGACGGCGUGGCGGAGUGAGGAUAGGGGGAAGUGGGUGAGGGAGAAGGGGAGGUACGAUGUUUUGGUGGGAGUGUCGAGUAGAGGGGCAUUUGCGAAGGCGGAGUUUACGCUAGAUACUACGGAAGAGACGAUCAGUAGGUGA